AGGUUAGAUGAUGGAAUUAUAUCAGAAUGCAGAGAAAUACGGAAAGAGAAAUCUAUAAUAGUGUCUCUAGAAGACUUGGAUGCACAUACAAAGCUAAAUCCUGAACAAGAACAAGCGUUCAAGAUCAUAUUGGAAAGGAUUGAUUGUGGACAAUCAGGAUUAUUCUUUAUCGAUGGACCUGGAGGGACUGGAAAAACAUUCUUAUAUCGUGCAUUACUUGCAAAUAUCAGAUCAAGAGACAUGAUAGAGUUAGCAACGGUAACAAGUGGUGUAGCAGCAGCUCUUUUAUCGGGAGGCUGUACGGCUCAUUCUAGAUUUGAGAUUCCGCUUCAGACAACUGACGCAACUGUCACGCGUAUGUCAAAGCAAAGCGUUGGAGCUAAAUUGAUUAAAAAAGCGAAGCUAAUUAUUUGGGAUGAAGCGUCAAUGGCUAGCCGUCGGACAAUUAAACCAGCUGAUAGGAGCUUCAGGGAUAUACUGGACAUUAAUGAACCUUUUGGUGGAAAAAUAAUGGUUUUCGAAGGUGAUUUUCGUCAAGUACUUCUAGUAAUUCCAAAAUCUACAAGAUCUGAAACAGUAAAUGCAAGUUUGGUAAAAUCACACUUAUGGCAUCGCAUGGAAAGGAUUAAGUUAACAAAAAAUAUGAGAGCAAGAACAGAUCAAUCUCUCAGUGAAUUCUUAUUGCGUAUAGGUAAUGGGGAGAAGCCUACAAUAAGAGAUGAUUUGGUACUUCUUCCAAAACAACUGGUUAUUCAAAAUACGAGCAACAGUCCUGGUGAAGAUACAUUAGUAAAAGAAAUAUUUCCAUCGAUGGAUAAAAAUGCAAGUGGUGCAAAAUACAUGAUAGAACGGGCUAUCCUAGCAAGAAGAAAUGAAUACGUUGAUCAACUAAAUGAAAUGUUAAUUUUCAAAUUUCCAGGUGAAAGCAGAACAUUUCUGAGUUUCGACUCUGCAGAAGAUGAUACUAACAAUUAUUAUCAGGAAGACUACUUAAAUACUCUCACACCAAACGGUCUGCCUCCACACAAAUUGGUUUUGAAAAAAAAUGCCUCUAUCAUGUUAUUAAGAAAUUUGGAUGCUUCCAAUGGCUUAUGUAAUGACACAAGAAUAAUAUGUAGAGGCUUUGACAAAAACGUCAUACAUGCAGAAAUAAUGAUUGGGGAAAAUGCUUUCAAGCAUGUGUUUAUCCCACGAAUCCAGCUAUCACCUCCCGAAAAUGAAGGUUACUCGUUCAAGUUCAUUAGAAAACAAUUUUCAGUGAGACUACGCUUUUUAAUGACGAUAAACAAAGCACAGAGACAGACAAUACCAACUGUUGGAUU